AUGACGGGCGCAAACAACAUCAGAGGCCUCAUGGGCAAAGGCGCCCCGCCAACACCAGCCCUCUUCUCCAUCGUCCGCGUCGCCGUCCUGGUCCUCUCUCUCGCCGUGCUCGCCGCGUGCGCGUACUGCCUGUCGCUGCUGGGCGCCUACUCGAGCAGCUAUACCGGGCCGCCGGGCUUCAUGCUCUUCGUCUCUCUCUUCACGCUCCUCGUCCUAGGCGGCGCCAUGAUCCUCGAGCGUUUCGCGGCGCACCUCUACUUCCGCAUCGCCGUACUCAUCGGCUACGGCACGAACUGCCUGUUUUGGCUGUCAGGCUGGGCGUGGUCUGCGAGCAUCGCGGCCUUGUUCCUGGGUGAUACGUGCGUGCAGGGGACGUGCUUUGGGCCGACUACGGAGGAGAAGCGCUAUGGGGGUAGUAUGGCCGGUGCUGCUGCCGUCGGUGCUGUGAACUGGGUCUUGAUGACGAUUGUGUUGUUUUAUUACAUCAAGGGAUGCCUUUCUGACCCGGAUUGCUAUGGGGUGUCUACGGGCCAUGGGUCGGAGAUGGGGAGCAUCAAAGCUGAGAGCAAGUCGCGGUCUCAGCCUUCCGUUCACGAGCCGUGA